UUAAUAAUAUUUUAAUUAAUAAGAUAAACUUUCCGUUUAUAUAAUAAGAUAAAACAUUAUUGGGCCCCCAUUUCUCCUAGGUGCUGGCUUCUUGGGCCUAAGCCCUACUGACCCAAAACAUAAAAAAAAAAAAAAACAGAAAAGAAAAGGAAAAAGAAAAAAAGACAACUCCUCUUCUCGUCUUCAACCUCAAACAAUCAAAACAAACAAAGAGAUCAAACUCUCUCUCUCUCUCUCUCUCUCUCUCUCUCUCUCUCCAGAAAGAAAACCCUAAUAAAAAUGGGUAUCAGUACAAAAUCCCUGAAUUUCCCUCACUUUCUCACAUUUUACCUCACUUUCGUUCUCAUUAUUCUCCCAUUUUCGACCCAAUCAACACCAUCAAUCUAUGAUCAUCUCCGCCAGAAUUCUCUCCCAGUGGGUCUUUUCCCCAAGGGGAUAACAGACUUUUCAUAUGACACAACAAAUGGUCACUUCCAAAUUAACCUAAUACAACCUUGUAAUGCAAAAUUUGAGAACCAGCUUCACUAUGAUUUUAAUAUUUCUGGGUUUCUUUCAUUUGGUAAGAUCGGGGAAUUAUCUGGUAUUUCGCAGCAGGAAUUAUUCCUAUGGUUUCCUGUUAAGGGCAUACGUGUUGAUGUGCCUAGUUCUGGCUUGAUUUAUUUUGAUGUUGGUGUUGUUGAUAAGCAGUUCUCUUUGUCUUUGUUUGAAAACCCUAUUGAAUGUACUGCUGUUGAUGGCUCUGUUGAUCCGCUGCGAUUUGAGAAGGAUUUGAAGGUUCAAUCAGGAAAGCUUGAAUAUAAAAUUGCGCAAGGGGAGUUGAGGGCAGCUUCAUAGAUUACAAAUGCAGAUAUAUUUUUAAAGGGUUAAAUGUCGCUGAACCUUCUGGGUUUUCCUUUUCGCCAAAUGAGGCUUGGGGAGAGUUUGGUUUGGCAGAUCCUAUGUUUUGUGUAUGUUUGCUCAUUUGCUGUCCUGUACAGACGUUUGGCUUGAUACUUCUAUCUAUGCAUUGAGAGAAGUAUAACAGUUUUGGUCAAGAAUGGAGGAAAAAGAAACAGAUGAUAAGCAUUGGAUCUUUUUUUCUUUUAUGGAGAUGAUGAGAAUGAGAUGAGGAGCCUUAGUUUCGGCUGGUGAGUUUGUUAGAAGAUUUAUAUUGUUUGUUGUUGUUAUCAUACUACUAAACAUACAGAUGUAUGAGUGUUGCAUUAUGUUUCUGUAAAUGGAGAGAAUUAUUUGUGUUUGUAUAUUUUAAUCAUAAGUCAAGUCAUAUAAAUGAAACUAUGCCAAGCUAAACAAUCAGUGAAUUAAAUCUUCAUGUACGUUUAUUGCCAGUCA